AUGACACGCAAUAGCAACUGGCGGAAGCGCUCGCAUGACUCUUAUCGUCGUGGCGACAACAAUGUCGGUAUGGGGGAGACGCUCGCUCACCUGAGGGAAGAAGGUCAAGGUCCUGAAGAUUCUCCUCCCACCAACACGAACGGCGACGCAGACGGCAACGGAGACUGGCAAACAGUAGAGAGGAGCAAGAAGCGAAAGAAGCAUGCGAAGAAAGACGGCGACAACUACCCAGCCAUAUACCACUCCUCACAUAACCGGCUGCAGUCCUCGGUAAAGGUGAGCGACCUGCAAAACCUGGUGCUGUACCUGCUCGCCGAUGGCAACUCACCCCAGUGGUGUGGUGUACGGCAUCAUGGCCAAGUUCACAAGGUCGUCGCCUUGAUGGUGCCCGGUCUGGAAGCCGGCAUGUUUGAUGGGAGCAUUCCUCUGUCACCGCCAGAAGAGGAGCAAGAGGAGGCUACCAAUGGCGCAUCAACCGCAGAUAGCUCAGAGCUAGCGCAGAACGAGACAAAUGUACAAGCCACGAGUGCCACCGCAGAAGAUUCUUCAUCUCAGGCUGUUCAGCAUCGCAAGAUCUCGCCAGACGACUACUACCCGACGCGUCUCAAACAUGACCGUUUGCCCCCACCACUCCAGCCUCUCGCUGACAUCUUCGAGCACAUCUGGCCUGUCAAAGCACCCGGCGAUGACAAGUACGCCAAGAUGCACUCUCCGAUGGCUGUGAGGACGAAGGAAGAGAAGAAGUCUAAAGGCCCACAACCCCCUCCGGAAGGCAAGAACUGGAAGAAUCAACGUACGCCAAUCACUGAGUAUGUUGCGACCACAGAUGAGCUGGCUGAGGAGGGCUACGUACUGCAUCCGGCACACUUUAACGGCACGAAAUUCGCUGGAGAGGCGGCUGCCAAGCGAGAAGCGAGUGGUCAGACUGGGACCAGCGGCUGGACGGACACCUCAAACAUCCCGGAUCUGGCCGCAGGCAAAAUAGCAGAGCGGGACAUCGAGCAAGGCUCUAUCUUGGCAGGCAGAAAAGUUCUGACCAUGGAUUGCGAGAUGUGCAUCACCUCACCGGCCGGCAGCACUCCAGCAGUCUUCAGCCUCACUCGGAUAUCUGUCAUCGACUGGGAUGGUGCUGUGAUACUGGACGAGUUUGUGAAGCCUGAAGAACCCAUCACAGACUACCUCACGCCAUAUUCUGGCAUCACCGCGCAGAAGCUGGAGGGUGUCACAACCACAUUGCAAGACAUCCAGAAGAAGCUCAUCUCCGACAUCAUCACCCCAAACACCAUCCUGGUCGGCCACUCCCUCAACUCAGACAUGAACGCGCUCAAGCUCACACAUCCUUUCAUCAUCGACACGACCAUACUCUUCCCACACCCCCGUGGUCCACCGCUCAAGUCCAGCCUGAAGUGGCUCGCACAGAAGUACCUGUCACGUGAGAUUCAGAAAGGCCAUGGCUCCACCGGGCAUGACAGCGUUGAGGAUGCCAAGGCUUGCUUGGAUCUCGUCAAGCAGAAGUGCGAGAAGGGUAAGAUGUGGGGUACUUCUGAAGCAUCUGGUGAGAGCAUCUUCAAGCGUCUGGGCAGGCAGAAGCGUCCGAAGAGAGACAAGGUUCAUCCGAGCGGGGAUGAUGAGUUCAGGACUGGCGCUGUAGUGGACUGGGGCGAGCCCGCCAGAGGCUACGGUGCUUCUGCGAAGGAGGCGAUCGGCUGCGACAGCGACGAGCAGGUCAUUGCUGGGAUUAAGCAUGCGCUCGCCAAAGAGGAGGAUGUCGACCCUUCACCAGAACGUGGUGUCGACUUCGUGUUCGCCCGACUUCGCGAGCUGGAGGCUCAUCGCGGCUGGUGGACUCGUUCCAAGACCCUCGACAAUCAAUCACUGCUCGAUACCACGACCAAUUCAACCUCUGCCGACACGCUGGCUGACGUCACCGCACAGAUGGUCUCGCGCAUCCAAGCGGUGUGGGAGACACUGCCGCCCUGCUCUGCGUUCAUCGUGUUCUCUGGUUCUGGAGAUCCGAGAGAGCUGGCGGAGAUGCAGGCCUUGCAAACACAGUUCAAGGAGGAGUACAAGGUCAAGAAGUGGGACGAGCUGAGCGUGAAGUGGACGGACGAUGAAGAGCAGAAGCUGCGCAAGGCUUGCCACAAGGCGAGGCAGGGCGUCGGCUUCAUUGCGGUGAAGUGA